AUGGAGCUGGAACCACGUCAAAUUGCGUCAGUUUGGAAAAAUUUAUUUCAAGAAAAAAAUAUUUUUUUCAGGAAAUUUCCGACGACGACGAAAUUUUUGAUUCUUGAUGAUCCUAGCGCUCCAUCAGUUUCAUCAAAUCAGAAGAAUGUUGGUAUAUCAAUAAAUUAAUUUUUUUAAAGUUGAGAGUUUGAAAGAAAUUCCAAGAUAUCUGUUUUUUUUUGACAUUUUUUUUAGGAAAUAUUUAAUUUUUAUAACUUUUGCGGUAGAAAAAUUGUGAAAAAGGGUUAUUAUUUUUUUAUUUGAAAAAAAUUCGAAAUUCAUGCAUCUCAAUCCAAAUUUUGUGAACAAAAAAAUUAGCAGUCUCAAAUUUAUCGACUUUCUGAAAAACUCAUCAGAAUAGUUUUUGUAAGAAGAAACUGAAAGAAAAAAAGUUUUUUUAAAUGAAAAAAAUACAAUUUUCAGGCUCUACACGGCGAUGCAUCGGAGAAAGAUAUCGAAAUUGUAGAAGAGGUACGUUUUUUCAACUGAUUUCAUUCAAGACUUUUGUUUUUUAAGGUUGAAAAUACGGCCGGGAGGACUGAAACCAUUCCUGAACAGGUAAAAAAAUGAGAUUUUAUAAUCUUUUUAAAUUUUGAUUUGCUAUUUUUUUCGGAAUCUUCCAUUCAGAGAAACUCUUUUUUUAAUCAUUUGAGUUUUUCAAUUUGUGAUUUUUUUCAAAUUGGAAAUCUCAGAUUUUUUUCAACCAUUUUAAUAAUGGUUUCCUUAUGAUUUAAAUUUUUUUUUGCAGGCACUUGUUAAGUUUUCCGGCCUCGAAGGCGGCGAAGUGAUUCCGGUCAUUGAUUUGGAAGAGCCGGAACUGGAGGUUUAUAGCUUCAAAUUCAAUAUCUUACCUCUUUUUUAGGUCAUAGAAAAUCAGGAAAGUGCGACCCCAAUUGGAAAUGCAGGCGUUGAAAGGGUAGGUUUUAAUCAAAUAUAUUUUUUUCGCGGUUCAUGGGCAGUAUAUAUUCAUUUGAAGUUAAGAAUUACGUUUUUUGAACAAUUUCUACUCUUUCUUGUGACACUUCUCAUUGACAGGUUUACUUUUUCAAGUUUCGGAUAAUGAAAAAAACAAUUUUUUUACUGGGUUAAAAACAGGCAGACGAGGAAGGGAAUUUUCACGGGAUUUUUGAUUUUUGUUUAAGUUAUUGCUCACUAAGUUACACCUCUUUAUCAUAAUAAUAAGGUUAGAGAACAUUUUAAGCUUUUAGAAUUGAAUUAAUUAUUUUUUCAGACGUCAAAUGAUGAUGAAGACGAUUUCUGCGUCGUGGAAAACACUGGAAAAACCAACUCGAUCGACAACAAGGAAUUUGUCGCCGAAAAUGCGAUGAAAUUUCUAAAGUGAGCUUUUUUUCAGUGAAGGUAGAGAUAGAUAAACUUUUCAAACGUUUUUUUUCCAUAUUUUUUCGAGUUUUCGGUUUUUUUCCUUCAUUUUAGAGAACCAGAAGAAGCUUGCUUAGAAGAAUAUGAGUUUUAAAAAAAUUUGAUAUUCAGGAUUGUUUCACUGUAGUUUUAUCAUUAUGACAGUUAAAAAUCGUAUAUUUUAGUUUUUUUAAGGUUUGAAGUUUUUAAAAAUAUUUUUUUUUGUAAAAUGAAAAAGAUUGGUGACUUUUGGGAUUUUUGGAACGAAGGGGAACAGUAAUUGACUAAUACUUUCCUUAUUUCGAUAUUUUGAUGGUCUAUCUAAAAUAUUGGUUUAUGAAAAUACGACGUUUUUUGUGAAGUGAGCUGAUUUUUAGUUCGAGCUCGACUUUGAAUUUGGUUCUAAUUUAAUUAUUUCCUUUUUUCAAAUCAUCUGAUAUUUUUUCAGAUGGUUCUACCGUGUUCCGACUGCAGACUAUUAUAAUCACCUUGUCUAUUCCAGGCCAAAUUACCUGACAAAAUCGGUUCGUUUUUUUUUUCAAAUCUUUAAAAAUCAGAUUUUUGCGACUUUAGAUCGUUCCCGAUGAGUAUGCAUUGGAUGUGGAGGCCGCAAAACGGCUCCUUCACGAAUAUUUGACCGUUUUCAAUAGUAGAAUCAAAAUUCUUAUCGAUUUUUACGACGAAUACGCCGAAGAAGUCAUUCGUGUUAUGCUGAUCUUGGCCGCCGUCUUGGGUUUGUUUAUUUUUGAUUUUUGAAAGAAAAUUAUUUUCUUCGUAUCUAUUCAAUUAUCAGUACAAUAAUUGGGACAUGUGGGAAAGAUUUUGAAGAGAUUUUGUCAAAAAUUGGAAGUUUAUAAAAGAAAAAGUUGGCCUUUAUGGAAGUUUUUUUAAGUUUUUUUCUGAAUUUUUGAAAGUUUAUGCGAAUUACGAUCACAGGCAAAUUGGAAAAAAUUUUUUUUUAAUUUUAUCAACGAUUCUGAAGAUUUCUAGUGUAAUUAGGCAGUUUAAGGCGUUUCUGGUUUUUUUUUUUUUGAUAUCAUCGUUCAAAAAACAACAAAAUAUGGAAGAUUUUCCAUUUUUCAGUGUUUUACAGCUGUUUUUCUAGUUAGCCAGAAGGUUUUGAAGAAUUUCACUUGAAAAACCUUUUUUUGAACAUGUAAAAAGUGACGCAUCAUGUGGGUCUACUGCCGCACUGACGGCCUUGAGCUUUGUGGCCGAGUGGAGGAGCGGUCGGAUCGGCGAUCGACGGGUCGCUGGUUCGACUCCUCUCCCGGUGGAUAACACCGCUGUGUCGUGUUGUAGCGCAGCGUUAAUAACGCCGGGUAUAGGAAAUCCCCAACAAGUAGUCUGCCCGUUCGGUGGUUCCUUGAAACCGAGUGGUUCGUGAACCUUGUACAAUCAUUUUUGAGUUUUUUAUCACUUCUUUUUCAAAUUGUUUUGAAUACAGUAUGUUGCAAUAAGGUUUUAAAUUUUUCUUUUCUGAGAUUUCUCAGAGGCCUGAGGCUUCUUGAACUGAAAAGAGGCUUCUGAAGAAAAAGAAAAUUCUUGUGUUUUUACACCUUCUGACUAUUUGGAAUACUACAGAGACAUCGUAUUCAUUUUCCAGAAAAUGGUAAUAAGCGGAUCGAUUGGACUAUAUUGUGCCGUGAGUACUUGAAUAAUAGGAUGCUGAAAAAGGCGAGAAAGUUUUUCGAAAAACCGACCGUCUUUUCCGAUCCUCCGGCGAAAAACGGCCCCAAGGAGCUGUUGGAAGUUUCAUUCAAAAAAUAUUUUUUGAAAAAUCGCAUAUUUUCAGCAUUUGUUGGUACUUACCCCAGAAGCGAUUCUUGCCACAACGGUUGUCUUUUUUGAGGUAAAUUCUGGAAAAAAAUCAUGGAGAAAUAAAAUGAUAUUGUCUUCAAAUUAAAAAGUUAGCGAUCGCUCUCAAGAAAUAAAAAUUUUAAAGCUUGUCCCGAGAAAAACGGAAAUAUUCAAUUUAACAGGCUAAAGGCUGGUGUGAAAAAAAGUCGUCCUUUAUUCUUCUACCGAAAUGA